UCGGGCCGGUUGCCACACCUAGCGAAUAUGAGGCUGGGUCUGAUCAAAUCAUGGAGUGGGGCGAGUGAUAAACAUUUGAUAAGUCACGCGCGGCGCCAUAGCGUGUGAUCCUAAAUUAAACCCUAGCUAGAGGAGAGGGUUUAAAGCUCUGAAGCUUCUUUCUUCUUCUCCAAUUAAGAUCGCAGAGAGAGAUGGGGAGUGACAGCGAGGCAGAGAAGGAGAAGAAGAAGAUGCUUGCGCUCGCUCCCAUUGCUAAACCCCUUGCCGGAAAGAAGCUUUGCAAGCGAACCCUAAAACUUGUUCGUAGAGCUGCCGAACACAAAUGCCUGAAAAGAGGAGUGAAGGAGGUUGUUAAAAGCAUAAGGAGAGGUCAUAAAGGAUUGUGUGUGAUUGCUGGGAACAUAUCGCCGAUUGAUGUCAUCACUCAUCUUCCUAUUCUCUGUGAAGACUCUGACAUUCCUUAUAUUUAUGUCCCAUCUAAAGAAGAUCUUGCAGGCGCAGGAGCAACAAAGAGGCCUACUUGCUGUGUUCUGGUACAGACAAAGCCUGCAAAGGGAGAAAUAGAGCAAGGGGAACAAGAGAAACUAAAGUCAGAUUAUGAUCAAGUUGUGUCGGAAGUUACUGAGCUUACAACUUCACUAUUUUGAAACAAGCACACAUGUAUGUGUACUGUUUGUUCCAGUUGGAUUAACAUGUGGUAUUAGUGUACCUUACAAUCAAUUGAUGUGUGGAUUUUAUUAUUUUUCUGUCUUGCUUAUCAUUUUCUUGUCAUUUAGUCUACCACUGCCUUGAUCAAUACAACUUCAUGGCUUUACCAUGAGGAUGGCUGAAGCAAUCUUGAUUAGAACUUA